AAAAUCUGUUUAUUUGCUCAGAGUUCGAAGGCUAACCGACAUAUACUGAUCCCAACAAGAGUCCGAGAAACUUGCGAGUUCCAACGGCAAAACCCCAUCAUUCUCGUCUCGUCUCCAUGGCGAUCGAGAUGGGAAAGCGGAAGCGGCCGGUGGACGACGGCGGCGACUCAUCCGAGCCCGAGCUCCCCGCCGACAUCAUCACCCACAUCACCGGCCGCCUCACCUCGCAGGUCGACUUCCUCAACUGCCGCAACGUCUGCCCGUCCUGGGAGCGCGCGCUGCGCGGCGAGGCGCGCCGCCUCGCCGCCGCGGUGGAGCGCGUCCCGUGGCUGCUCCUCGCCGCCAAGGCCGAUGGCUCCUACCUCGGCCGCCGUCAAGCGGGUGACGUCGCGGCUGUGCAGCUCCCCGGCCGCCACGUGCGCCUCGGCCGCCGCGAGAUCUGCCUCGGGUGCUCGUCCGGGUGGCUCGUCGUGGCGAACGACUUCGGGUACGCGCGCCUCGUUAACCCGCUCACCGCCGCCACCGCGCCGCUCCCGCCGCUCUGGAGGCUGCCCUACCUCGACGCCGCCCACGGCUACGACGGGUGCGUCGGUAGCUUCCUGUACGUGGACGAACACCACCGCGGCGGGCCGGGCGUGGCGUUCUCGUUCGACGGCCUCUGCGACCUCGUCCUGCUCAAGGCCGUCGUCGUCGACAUCAGCGACGGCGGCGCCACCGUCGCCGUCCUCUACAGGAGGGAGAGGGAGUUCGCCAUGGCACGCACGGGCCAGCGCUCGUGGCGUCUCGUCAACAACAAGCUGGACGGAAUCGUCGACAUGGCGAGGCACGGGGACGGCAAGCUCUACACGGUGCACCUCUCCGGCAAGGUCGCGCGCUGGAAGUUCGACUGCAACGUCCGCAGGUCGCCGGAGAUUCUCGAGUCGGUGCUGGUCAUCGACUCGCCCUACCACUACGUCGUCAAGGCGGACAACAACGUCAACGCCAUCACCAUGUCCCGGGAAUACGAACACGACCACCGCGACCGCGCCGGCGAGUGCUGCUACCUCGUCGGAGCGCCGCGCGGCACGCUCUACCUCCUCAAGCGGGUGUACAAGCACAAGCAGGUCGGCAGCGACGGCGGCGGCGGAGGCCGGACGCAGCGCACCACGGCGACGUUCCACGUCUGGCACCUGACAUGGGCCAGCGACGGCGGCAUGGAGUGGCCGGCCACCAUGGACGGCGCCGCCAUCUACCAUAACCUGGCGACGUUCGUCAGCUACACCGGCGCGGUGUGCGUCGGCAAGAGGGACGCCGACGCCGUGCUCGCCGGUGGCGCCGUGUACUUCACCGAGGACGCCGCCGGCUACGCCGGCGCCGCCAUGGCGGAGGACUUCGGCGUGAGGAGGAUCAACAUCAGGAGGCAAAAAAGCAGGAGGAUCACGAGGAUGACGCGGUUAGACGACGAGUCGAUGAAGAGGAUCAAGGACAAGUUGGAGGAUGAGGAGAGCGAGGAGGUGAAGCCGCUCGGGCGAUGCAUGAACUGGCCUCCUCCGUUUUGGUUCAUCCCAAGUCUUGAUGAUAGCCUUGGAGCUGCGCCGCCGGGGAAGUAAGCUUAAUUUUAGUUACCUUUUAGUGAUGAUCAACUCAUCAUUAUGCAGCCCAUUGUUCGGAAUUUAGCUUGGAGGAUUGAUUCUGUAGUUAGACCUCGCGCCGUUGCUAUGUGAAUUUGGUAUGAUAAUAUUAUUAGAAAUGUAAUGUAGAAUACAUGGCGUAACUUUAUGUGGUUAUACAUUUAUGUUUUUUAUUUUUUUAAUAGAAAGAAGUUCAAGUGGUAAUUUGUAAAAUUUACAAUGAGAGUAUGGGGAUAUCAUAUUCACUGCCACCACCACCACCUUCUUCUUA